AUCAAACGUACGCAUCAAUUUGUACAGUCUUCAGCUGCACCCCGUUUUCUGCUGCGCCGAAUUCAGGGGGAGCGGCUGGCAAGCGAGAAAACGCUGCGUUAUUUGCGAAGCCGCAGCAAUGUAAAUCUUUCCGCGCAUCGUGUCGCCUGAGUGUUUCAACGCGUGUAGGUCCAUGUACAGUACAAACGGCAGAAGGAGUGAGAAAGGAAGGGAGAUACGCAUCGCUGGAUAUUGUAGAAUUCAAAGAUUCAGUGCUAUGAUAGGCAGCCUGUAGGCCAACCAUCCCGAUUGUGGUCACGCUCCAGCUUUCUGUAAUGGCUGACUGGAAGGAAUGGACCACAUAGAGAGCUUGUCAUGAAGACCCGAACUCACAAAGAAUCGAUGCCCGCGCGUAGUGGACGCAGGAGGGGGGGCAGCGAGGAAAGGAGGGGUAGACGUCCUCACCCCAGCCCCUCUCGAGCAGAGCUCAACGAAAGGCAAACACAAAGAACUGUUGGAGAGGAACUGGCUGUUGGGCGAUUCAGUCGUCGAUCUCAAGGCCAUGAUUCAUCAGAAAGUGAAGGGGAAGAGCUUGUGCCCCCAUCCAAAAGACAGAAAGUCCAGCAGGACUCCUCCUCCAAUCCCCCAGCUCCACCCCUUUCAACUAACACUCCAACUACAGCCCCACCCCCAACAUCAAACAACAGUCAAUCAAGAGAAAGUGACAAUGAGGAUGGCCAAUCACAGGGCAGCAGGAGCUCAGUUGGAGGCAGCCUAGCCAAUAGUAGCAGCAGCAUAAGCAGUGGUCGGGACAUUGACCAGGACAAUCGAUCCUCCUCUCCGAGUCUCUCUGCCUCCCCAUUGGCCAGUUUGGAUUCUGAAUCUGACUCUCCAGAUUCCCCAAAGCACGGUGACAAAUUAAAAGAUGGAGGGGCAUCAAAAUGUGUAGCAGAAGAGCGGAGAGGCUCAGGAAGGGGCGUGGAUGGCAGUGUUGUGGACCAAAGGGACAAUGAGGGAGGAAUGGAGGGAGAUUUGUCCCCCCUGAAGUCCUCAUCAUCUCUCUUUCCAUCUCAUCGUGGAGUCGUGGACACCGCAGGUGAUACGAGUAGCAACAGGAAGUCAUACUUCCCCCUAGAUUCCAAACUUGCGAGCAAAAUGGAAUACACAGGGCAUGGUGGCACUGAGACGCUACAAAACUGCAAUCACAUCACAUCUAAAGUGGGCACUCAGAGUGAGAAGCCUGGAGUGGGAGGGUCUGAAUAUUCCCAUGGGAAUUCAAAUGUGAGUCAUGCACCAACACUCCCACCUCCACCUGCACUGAAACCCUUAGAGGUGGGGCAGAAUGUUACAGGUGGAGAAAGUAAAACAGACAAGCCAGACAAAGGUGAUAAGUCUGCUCCACCCUCCUUACUUCCACAAACUAGCCCUGUUUCCCAGCAACCUCUGCCUCCCAACACUCACCAUUACACCCCCACCAGCUGGUCAGGGGGACCUCCCCCUAGUUGUCCUGGCAACUGGGGAUAUGUACGUUACCCAGGUAACCACCACACACAUCCAUGCCAGCAGCCUCCAGUGCAGCAACAGCUGCCCUCAGUCUACAAUUCUCCUUCUUCUACACGGCACACCUCCCACCCACCUUACCUACCUCACCCUCAUCCCCACCCACAAAAAGACUACCUACCUAGGUAUGGCACUGGGGCUGAGCGGGAACGAAGUGGGAGGGAGUUUGGCAACAGAGACUUCCCUGCUAGUAAUAGCAGUAGCAGUGCAAACAGCAGCAAUGGUAGCUCUUCUGGUACUGGAUGUCCCAACUCUAACGUGGGUCGGAUGGAAAACCCACUACCUGGACAGAGCAGAGAAUUUGCUGGCAUUGGCUCACAAGUAUCAAACCGGGAUGGGCCUGCAGGACCACCAAGUGGUCGUGAAUAUGGACCAGGAUUCAGAGAUCGUGAGCGCGGAACAGGUAGAGAUUUUCCUUUGCAGAACCAGCAACUUCAAGCUCAGGGCAGAGAGUUUGGAUCUGAAAGCACAGGAGGGGGGGGGGGUCAUCCAAGAGACAAGGACAGCAGGUGGGGAGAGUUAGCAGGCCAGGUUAGAGAGGCAGGGAGUAACAGUUAUCCUGGUAAUGCCAACCAAGUACAUGCUGGUGCCCCAUCAUCUGGUUUACCUUCAACAACACUGUUGAACCGUGACCCGACCAGUUCACCACAAAACAGCUCUAGCCAUCCCCCUUUUUCCUCUGCCAAUUCAAACCCCCCCAACAGAGUCUUUCCCCCACCUAUGGAUGCAAAUGUGCAGCAGACAUUGCAAGGACAGAGCCCCCAAACACCCCCCAAUGCUGCAGAACUUCCUCCCCCUCCACACUAUAUGAGAGAUUACCCCCUGACAGGGGCAAAGGACUACCCUCCCCCUGGAGCAACCUCCUCCUCUGGUCCACAUUCUGGUGUGCCCAGGGAGUACCCAAGCCCACCUGGAUUGGCCCCCAACCUUCCUCGGGAAUAUCCUGGAGGACCAUCACAUCCACAUCACUCUCACUAUCCUGGGCAGACAGCCUUGCCUAUGCAGCAUAGAGACAGAGAGAGGGACAAGGAAAACCCUGCAUCCACUCUUCAUUCAAAUCGCAGUCACCCACCAUCCCUUUCUCCUUCAUCAAGUGGCUCUGGACAUGGACAUCCUACUUCCACUUCUUACCCACCUCCUCCUCCCCCUACUAGUUCACAUGGGCAGCCACCACCUAUCACAACCCUUCCUGGCAGCCAUGCUCGACAUGGACCAUAUCCUUCAUCCAACCAGACUCCACCAACCCCAGUCUCUCCUCUUCCGAGCCCCUCAACCAAUCAGAUGGAAGGGUUCACUCCUUUUCCAUCAACCUCUGCUCCCUCGAUACCACUUCCUGCUUCAGGUGUGCCCAACUCUUGUCCAACAGGUUGCAGACCUACUCCUUACCAUGGCACUUUAAGCAGUCAUACCCCUUUCAGUAGCUCUUACCAUGGCAACGGUAACCAUGGAAAUGCUAUGGCAAAUAGUAAUACCAAUAGCAUUGGUCCCAAUAACAGCAAUAGCACUAACACUCAAUCACAAUUGCACUCCCCUCAAAACUCUAAAGUACAACCACAUCUUGGUAACCCAGGCCACAAUAACACAGGUCCAACUCCCAGCACAUCUGUUGGAGGAGAUGGCCACUCUGAUUUAUCCUCUGGCUCUGUGCCACCUCCAGUCAUCAAGGAGGAGCCAGUAGAGGAAAGGGAGGAGUCAGAGAGCCCACCUCCAGUUCUCCGAAGCCCCUCCCCAGAACCAAAACCUGUUGACAUCCCAAUCCACGCCAGUCAAUCAGCCCGGUUCCACAGGGUUCUUGACCGGGGCAGUGGGAACUCUUGUGCCCGUAGUGAUGUUCUCUUUGUUCCACUUGAUGGUUCUAAGCUUUGGAAGAAGAGGAAUGAGGCCAUAGAACGCGCUCGUAGAGAGGUAGAACAGCGAGCAAGAGACCUGCGAGAGAAAGAGAGGGAACGAGAGAGAGAAAAGGAACGAGAAAGAGACCUGGAUAGACAUCUGCAGCAGAAGGACAGUUGUUCCAGUACAGGGUUAGGAGCUACAGGCACACGCCAGGGCUCUUCACUCUUCUUUCCCUCUUCGUCCUCCAUCCUUCUAGACCCUUCAUCAUCAUCUUCUUCCUCAGUAAACCCCUCUCACCCCACAGCCCAUCCACAGCACCACCCCUCUCACCAUGCUGCCCACCCCCACACCCUUCAUCCCUCUCAUCCUCUUCAUCCAUCUUUCUCUCACUCCAUUCCUCACACUCUUCUCCUCCCUUCCAUGGCAGGGGGAUCUGCAGUUGUUGGAGGCCCUCAGGGUGCUCUUGGCAUCGGGCUUGGGGGUCCAUAUUUGGGCCCUGAUACCCCAGCCUUGAGAACCCUGAGUGAGUAUGCCCGUCCUCAUGCUAUGUCUCCGCUGGGAGCUGCCGGUCGCGGGCCGGCACACCACCCUCAUUUCCACCACCACCCUCACCCACAUGCACAGGCUCAUCCCCAUGUGCACCCUUCAUUUUUCCUGUCCCAAUUCCAAAACCCUGCCCUCACACACCCGCACCACCUUCCGCCUGAUGCUGCCACAGCUGCUGCCAUUCUGGGCUUUUUGUAUGGAGGAGGGCUGGAGGGGGGUCCUACCCAUCCAGGGCCUGGUCCAGGGCCUGGUGGGUUACCUGGGGCGGGGCUUGGAGGAGUAGGGUUCCCUCACACUGUAGCAGCUCACAGAGAACGUGUGAAGCCAGGAUUUGAGUUUAAGAGUGAGGAGCGUGUCUACACAGCUGGAGCCCUGGCUGACCAAGCUCUAGCUUUGUCACACACACACUCACACGCACACUCACACUCCCUGCUGCUGGGGGGCGGAGCCGGAGGCGGGGCACCCGGUAGUGAGGUUGCCCUUUAUGGUACAACUCCGCCUCCUGCCCAGCCCCCUCAAGCUUUAGCCACAGUGGCUAGGAAUCCAAACCCCGCCCCUCAGCCUCUGUCAGUCCCACCCACCUCCUCUAUUCUCCCAGGUGCACUCCCCACCCACCAGGCUCCUGCGGCAGCCCCAGUGACGCCAGCAGCCCCUCCCCCUCAACCUCCUCCUCCACCUCCUCCUCCAAACGCAUCAUCUCUUCAUCACUCCUCUCCACACCCCACCUUUCCAAAUGCACACCCUUCCUGUCCACCCCCACCUGCCCCAACUCAAGCCCCGCCCUCUGAGGGAUUUACCACCCCCAUCCGUACUCCUCCCAGUACAGAGCGUGCAAGGAGCGUGGAGAGGGAGAGGGAGAGAGUGGUGCCAGCUACAGAGAGGGAACGAGAGAGGGAAAGGGAAAGGACAGGUACAGGUGGAGGAGCAGGAGGAGGCACAGCGGCUGCAGGAGGUACAGGAGGAGGAGACACUCUUGGUCGACUACAGAUGCUGAACAUGACUCCUCAUCAUCACCAGCAUUCACACAUUCACUCUCACCUUCAUCUGCACCAGCAGGACACAGCCGCGGGAGGGGUACACCCCCUGAUGGAUCCGCUGGCAUCAGGGUCUCCCCUGGCCCGUCUGCCGUACCCAGGGGCUGCUCUUGGGCCUCCCAUCCUGGCACACUCCCUCACUGACAGCGAGGUGCUCCGACAGCAGCUCUUUGGUGGUCCUUUCCGUGAGAUGCCCCAGUCCUCGUCUCUGGGUGGGUCCAUGUCUGCAGCACACCAGCUACAGGCAAUGCAGCAAGCUCAGAGCGCUGAGAUUCAGUUCCAGAGACUGGCCCUGGAACAGCAGUGGAUCCACCACCACCAUCAUCACUCCCUCGCACAGGACGAGUACUACAGCCACCUAAAGAAAGAGAGUGACAAAACGCUGUAAGUGAGAAACAGAGAUGGAGAGGAAGAAAAAAUGAAGGGAAAAAGUGCAAAUAACAAACAAUCAAAAAUGGUCAAAACUGAGCACUGAAUGAAAACAAAUCUGCACAGAAAGUGUGGAUGUGACACCAGAACACAUAUCAUUAAAUCAGAACAAAUCUAAACAGGUGCAACAAAAAUGUGUAUAUUCAGAAAAGGUGAGAUAUGUAACUCUGGCACAGCCUUGACACUGUGGCACUGAACGGAUAUUCCCGAACGUCCAUGGAUGAUUCCUUGUUGUGUUAUUUCAUACACUUGACAGAGGAGCUUAGACCGUGGUUCAGUCUAUGUACACUACAUUAUGCCAGAAAGAAUGUCUAAAAAUGAAGUUCUCUUUUAUGUCUUUGCAUGUCGCUAGAUACAAAAAGCCCAGUGGGCUAAAACUCUUGUUUUGAUUUAUUUUUUGAAAACUCUACCACUCUGAAAGGGUGUUUAUGAGAGGAUGCAUGAGAUGAAAAGUUUACCUUCAUAAUCAGUUUCUUUAUCGUGUUCUUAUGAAAAUUAUUAAUGUUGUUUGUUUGUUAAUAAUUACAUGAUUAUAUAAACAUUAUUUUUUAUUAUUUUUUAUAUUUUCAUGUUACCGCUGUUUAUUUUUUAAUUUUUAUGUUGAGUUUACCUUGUGGGGAAAAAAAUGCAAGAUAAAAUAAUUAUGAAAAAGAAAAAUCUGGAAAUAAAAUACCAUUUUUUUCUAUAAGUCUGUGCUUUGUGUGCAUGUGUGUGGUAGAGAGAGUGUGCGUGCCAUUUAUGUCUAACAAUUAUUGUUGAAAUGACGAAGGAAUACAGUAAUUCACCACAAAAUGAAAAUUGU